UUGCAAGGUCUUGGGUUUUAGAGAGCGUGUUUACAGAGAGAGUGGGACUGGGCAGUUUGCUGUCACACUGUACGGAGUCUGUAAUCAGGUUGGUGUGUUCAAUACCCGAUCUAGCCGUCAUCGUUGUCAAAUGGCAGGAAAAGCACACAGGCUGAGUGCUGAACAACGAGAGCAACUUCUUCCCAACCUCCAAGCAGUCGGUUGGUCUGAUGUCGAAGGAAGAGAUGCCAUUUAUAAAGAGUUUAUCUUUAAAAACUUUAACCAGGCUUUUGGAUUCAUGACACGAGUGGCACUACAAGCAGAAAAAAUGGAUCAUCACCCAGAGUGGUUCAACGUUUAUAACAAGGUCCACAUAACACUGAGCACACACGACUGUGGAGGCUUGUCUGAGCGAGAUAUUAAGCUGGCUACCUUUAUUGAAGAAGCUAAGGUUUCACAUUGAAAUCCGGGGGCAUGUCUGUGGUUGCUGGUACCAAAUGACCUGGAGUCUUCAGUGAGAUUUAUUUCAAAACAGAACUCGUACGCUCUGAAGACAUUUUGAAGGCUGGCAAAUGUCUGAAAUUUACCACAGAUUAAACUAGAAUCAUUAUAUUAAA